AUUAAUGAGAAUUGAUUAUUGAAUCGACCAAAAAAUAUCUAACGUAAAAUCUAAAACAACUUCACCUAGGAGAGUUAUGGUUUUGACGCAUUGUUUAUAAAUGAAGUCGAUAACAGUAUAUUAUUAAAACCUAAACGAGUUUAAGUGCAAGAUGAUUAAGGCGAUACUAGUUUUUAAUAAUCAUGGGAAGCCACGAUUAUCAAAAUUCUAUCAAUAUUUUAAUGAAGAUAUGCAGCAGCAGAUAAUAAAGGAGACAUUCCAGCUUGUUUCAAAGAGAGACGAUAAUGUUUGCAAUUUCCUUGAAGGUGGCAGUCUCAUCGGAGGAUCAGACUACAAACUUAUCUACAGACAUUACGCGACGUUGUAUUUUGUGUUCUGCGUAGACUCGUCAGAAAGCGAACUUGGGAUAUUAGACCUUAUUCAGGUGUUUGUGGAGACUUUAGACAAGUGCUUCGAGAAUGUCUGCGAGCUGGACCUGAUCUUCCACGCGGACGCAGCGCACCAGGUGCUGGACGAGCUGGUGAUGGGCGGUAUGGUGCUGCAGACUAACAUGGCUGAUAUACUCUGUAGGCUGCACGAACAGAAUAAGAUGCAGAAGGCCGAGGCCGGUAUAUCAGCAGCCCCAGCGAGGGCCGUCUCAGCGGUGAAGAGCAUGAACCUUCCCCAGCAGCUGCGAGACAUGCGACUUCCAGACCUGCCGCAGGCUAUCAAGGACCUGAAAUUCUGACCGAUACAGCAGGCGUACCCCGCCUCGCCCGUCGCCAUAGCAACGAACAUCAUAAACACGAUAUACUCGCAGAACGAACGCUACCAGAACAUACGACGGCCGGAGAACAUGACGAACAAAUUCUUCGGCUCCGAAUCCCUCAGCACGAAGUUCUCCGAGACUUUCACGGAGAACUAUCAGCAGGCGGACGGCAUCAACUUUCCGAACUACGAAUCUCAUAAGCUGGAAGGCUACCAAGACCUGACGGGGACGGUCGAAUGUGACUACACAGACAGGAAACGGAAGAAGAAGAAGAAGGGGAAGCAUUAAUAAUGAUUUGAGUGAUAAUUAAAGUGUGCGCAAUUAUGAAUGUGAAGUGAAACUUUUUUUACGUCAAAAUGUUCAAUCAAUCUAUCAAUAGCCAUUCGUACUCUACUGCUGAACAUAGGCCUCUCACCAUCAAAGCUCCCGGUCCUCCGCCUUCUGUAUCCAGUCCGUGCCUGCCACCGUCUUAAGGUCAUCGGUCCACCUGGCUGGAGGCUGAAGUAGGUGUGGAAUUGGUGUCAAAAUGUUACAAAAAUUAAAUAAACUCAUUUACGUUACACAUAGAAACGUUACACAAAUGCAUGUUACACACAACAUGCCUUACAUAAAGAAAUGUUACACGCGUUAUAUAUGAAGCGAUUCAAUCAAAAUCCACCUUGAAAUAUUAUUCGUAAAGAAGUAUCACUUCAUAAAUAUCAAAUUGUCAUCUUUUAAUUAUGAACGUAGCUAAAAAUUUUAUUACAAACUCCUUUGAAAAAUUCCGCAAAACGCAAAGUUAUUUGCAAUCUGUAAUUGUUGACUUUGUUUCAUAUUAGUUAAUCUGUUUAACUUUUAUAUACAAACAGUAUGUUAACUGAUAAAAGGCUUCCCCGUUAAUACAUAUAUAACAAAUAUAAAAAUAGAUUUACUGGUGGUAGAGCUUUGUGCAAGCUCGUCUGGGUAUCACCCACUCAUCAGAUAUUCUACAGCAAAACAACAGUACUUGGUAUUGUUGUGUUGCGGUUUGAAGGGUGAGUAUGCCAGUGUAAUUACAGGCAUAUUGGACAUAACAUCUUAGUUCCCAAGGUUAGUGGCGCAUUGGCGAUGUAAGCGAUGGUUAACAUUUCUUACAAUGCCAAUGUCUAUGGGCGUUGGUAACCACUUAUCAUCAGGUGGCCCAUAUGUUCGUCCGCCUUCCUAUUCUAUAUAAAAAAAAAAGAUUAAUGCCCUAUGGUGAACACUUCAGAAAAGUCUGCCUUCCUAAAUUAAAUUAAAAAAAUUAUAUAUUAAAAUUUGUUAUAAUAAAUAUGUAUUUUAAUGCUCAACGGCUUUUCUCAGUUAAAAUACAGUGUUCGUAAUAGUAAUAGUAUAAUUGUUAUAAAAAUUAAAACAAACAUUACGAGCAAAUUAUAUUUGUUAAUUAAAAUUGAAUUAUAUUAAUUGGUGUCGAGAAUGUUACAUUCCAGAUAUUUAAAUAUGGGAUUCGUUUAUGUUUCGCUUAUGUACUGUGUUUAGAUUGUAAGAAAUAUAUGUUUUGUUAAAUGAA